AUGACUAAAAUGAUAUGGCCCUUGCUUUUCAAGAGAACACUAAAGACAACACCUUUAAGAUUAAUAGUAUUAAAGUAGAAAGGUUUUAUUUGCAUCAAACUUAAAGAUCCAAAUCCCAACACACUCACAAGAAAAUUGUUAUGAUUUUGGGAUGGAUUCGGACCAAUUAGAAGUUCAGUGGGUGGUCUGUCUUUGAGUGAAAUGGGACUGUCUGAGGAAUAUAAAAAAGUAAUCUCAUAUGGGUCUAACCCAAAAACAACCCAUACUUAUGAUAACUAUGUCUUAGAUUCUGACCCCAAAACUCCAUGGCAAAGCUUCCUUAGUUUCUGUCACACUUGCAAGGAACAUCUUGAAGAUGGUUGUGACAUUUUCAUGUACAGGGGUGAGAAAAACACAAAUACACCAAGUUUCCGAGUUGAGAUAGCCAUGGAGCACUCGAGGAGAAUCACUGGCUUCAUGAUGGUGCAUAUCUCAUGGCGUGCACCUCAUGGAAACUACAAAGUUGCACUAGCAAUACCUUGCAACCGUUAAUAAUCGUGGAAUUGCAUACCCAUGGCUAUGUUAUUGGACGUGAUUAACAGGGCUCAUGUGUGAUUGAAAACAUAUACAAGUUUACAUAUACUUGCUAAUUAGGAUUUAUGUUAUCAUGUUAAAGAGUCCAUGUGCUAAUUAGGAUUACAAGAUGUUUAUUAUUCUAAUAUGCAAAAUUUCUUUUUGGUAA